AUGUUUAGAGAUAGAACUAAUUUGUUUUUAUCAUACCGUAGGACUUUCCCUCAUAACAUAACUUUCUCAUCUGGGAAAGCACCUUUGGGCAAUGAUCGAGAUAUUGAAAUGGGUUCGUAUCCAAUGGUGAAUAUGUCCCAUGACAUAUCGGCCAGGUUGGAAGACGAACGAAAAAAAGAGUAUGAAAGUCGUAGUGAUUCGUUGCCACCCAUAUUUAUUGAUAUAGCGCAGGAUGUUGAUGAUUAUCUUUUGGAGGUGAGACGGUUAAGUGAACAAUUGGCGAAAGUUUACAGGAAGAAUUCGUUACCUGGUUUUGAAGACAAGAGCCAUGAUGAGGCGCUAAUUGAAGACCUAAGUUUCAAAGUAAUUCAGAUGCUACAGAAAUGUUACGCUGUUAUGAAACGGUUAAAGACAAUAUACAACUCUCAGUUUGUGGAUGGGAAGCAAUUAAGUCGAGAAGAGUUGAUCAUACUGGAUAAUCUACAGAAGACCUACGCAGAAAAGAUACAGACCGAAAGUAACAAGUUCAGAGUAUUACAAAAUAAUUAUUUGAAAUUUUUGAACAAGGAUGACUUGAAACCCAUUCGCAAUAAGGCUAAUGCAGAGAGUACGCUAUUACUGGAUGAUGAGGAAGAGGAGGCAGCAAGAGAGAAGAGGGAAGGCCUUGAUAUUGAAGAUUACUCAAAAAGGACGUUGCAGAGGCAGCAACAGCUUCAUGACACUUCUGCAGAAGCAUAUUUGAGAGAACGUGACGAAGAAAUUACGCAGUUGGCAAGGGGUGUACUAGAAGUGAGCACUAUUUUCAGGGAAAUGCAAGAUUUAGUUAUUGAUCAGGGAACUAUUGUGGACAGAAUUGAUUAUAAUCUGGAAAAUACAGUGGUGGAAUUAAAAAGUGCGGAUAAGGAGUUGAAUAAAGCAACACACUACCAGAAGAGGACUCAAAAAUGUAAGGUUAUUCUACUACUAACAUUGUGUGUAAUUGCGCUCUUUUUCUUUGUUAUGUUAAAACCACAUGGUGGUGGCAGUGGCGGUGGCAACCAUGGUGGUAGCAAGCAUAAUAAUGAUAACAACAGUAGUAAUAAUAGUCAUGAUGAUAGCAGCAAUACUCACACUAAUGACGAAGACAAGAACUUGCCGAGUACCGUCAAAGUAAGAGAAUUUGAAAAUAGAGCUCUAAACGGCCUAGUUUGA